AGAGAGACAGACGACUCUUUUCAAUUCAAUAGGGGUGUAGUGGGAGGCAGUAGAACAUUCCUCCACUCCUCCAUCCAUCCCUCCAGUUCUGCAGAUCUGCUCGACAGGAGCCACCGCUGUCCAUCGUACGCGCGCGCUGGGUGGAUGUUUCACUACUGUCAGGUCCAUCAGCCGCUCUCUUCACUCUUCACCUCCGCGUAUCCACCCGAGCGCUCCAGUCACCUGUUCUGGGCGGCUAACGACGGCACUUCGCCGCUGAGCUGAAACGAGACCACCGAGCGGUAAACUCGGAUUCAUGGACGUUGUUCGGGGCUCUCGGGUGGGCUGUGCCUGUAAAGUAGCUUAGCAAACACCGGAGACCGAACGGGCGUUAGGCGGACUAACGGCGUGUGGGCGGUUUCGAUUGUCUGUCCCUUCAUCUCGGUGAGACGUUUAUGAGAAGGUUUUCAGUCAAGAGCCUGAACGGAGUCAACCGGCCGUUCCGACUGAAAGGGGGGCGACGAAAGGGGGGCGGCAGGAGCACGAGAACACAAACUGAACUUUUAAGGUCCGUGUAGCCGGUUCGUCGCUCAGGCUUUCCGAACUUUUAUAAAUUGGUUCGUGGAUAUUAACGCAGGACCUGCCAACGUUAACGAGGGGCUAAAGCUUUAACCGCCGAUUUCUCUCUGCUGAGGGCGAAAAACCGCGGGAAGCGCGAGGGAGUGAAAGGCGCGCGCACCUUUGCGCGCGAGACUCAGCCAUGGGGUGAAGGAGAGCGGAGCGCUAACUUGCACGGCAGUGUGGAGUCGCCUCUCUCCUCGUUUUUCACCGGGCAGCCUCACCCGACUCAAAAAAGCCUCUCCACUAACACUUUUCUCCUUCCCUUUUCUUUUACUGUUGGCUAAAUGUUCCUAAAGGCAGCAUUUCGUCUUCAUCGCCGUUUUAAAACGUGUAAACAUAAAAGUGUGUCAGGAUGCUAAAGCGAUAGCCUCCUUGCUACCUGUGGCUCUUGGCGACGUUGGACGUGUGAACUGGUUUUGAGCGUGUAGUUCAUGAUGAAAGUGAAGGCGAAGUUGCUGUGCCGGCUGUGCCCGUCCUUGCUAACCGCCUCCCCCGAGCUUUUUUGAGUUGUUACCUCAGCGUGUGGGAGUUGUGUUUAAUGCGGCAGACCUCAAAAUGGUGGAUUGGAUUUUAUGCUAAUUGAGCGUGUUUAAGCUCCAGGAAAGAGUCUCAUACAAGGCUUUUAUUUUUUCACUGAAACUUGUUUCAGCCCUCCUGCCGGUGUCCCUCCUCGUUUGGACUUAAAUGGAUCUCUGUGGGGAAAAAACCAAACAACCACUGAUGGUUUGUUUUCAUCUCUUCUAUGGACACUUGCUGGUUUCCUUCGUGAAAUGACUCAGUCAAAGAGUGCUGCUCACACCUGAGGAGAUGGGAAGAGCAGUGGCCCCAAAUUGACUCUGUGCAUCAGGCUCUUGCAUUGGAAUCACUCUGACGAAUAUUUCCCAGUUUUCUUCUUUUCAGUAUGCCCUGACGCCCAAUACUGAGAAUGACCCAAACUGUAACAGUGGUUGGUUGAACGUUUUUUAGUCUCGUCCAGCCACUGAGAUUUGAUUUCUUGAAUAAGUUAAAUCAAAACUUCCAUAUUGUUUUUACCUCUUCCAUUCCUGCAUUUAUCUCCCCCCCCACUGAAUCAGUCAAGUGGGGGGGGGACUGAAUAUAACAGGGGUCACUUAGAGUCACUGGCACCAGAGCUUUGUAAGCUUUGGCUAUGGAGACCAACCCGGACAGCCCGAGCCGGGCUGUUGAGUACCUCUUGGAGCUCAACAACAUCAUCGAGAACCAGGCCAAGCUUCUAGAGACGCAACGGCGUCGCAUUGAGGAGCUUGAGACCCAGCUUGACCGCGUCAACCAGGAGAACCAGGACCUCCGUCUGGAUCGGAAGUCUGGAGGCGAUAACUCAGGCCAAAAUCACAACCACGAGCCGAACUCUAAGCUCAACCAGCCCUCAUCUUUAUCUAACCACAACGCCAGUGGCGUCCACCACAACAGCAGCGGUAACGUACCUUCGUCCACCGUACCUGGCCCAGCUCGCAGGACUCACACCAGGCUGACCCGAGGCCUCUCAUGCGGUUCGGCCCCUGUGGAGAAGGAGAGGGGGAGACUGGAGCGUACUGACAGCACCGGAACCAACAGCACUUCUACUCUACGGAGGCAUGUUGAGGAGGAGACUCAGGCUUCAGAGUCGAGCCCCUUUUCAGACAACAGUAAGGUCCCCUACAUACAUCGCUCUGAUCGCUACAACGACGGCAGUUGUGGCCCCCCGGGCUCUCGGGGGCCGGUGGUGGCCCCACCAAGCCCAGCCACCCUCGCCUGGGCCCAGCGCACUCGCAACCAGCCGGCAAGCCUGGCCUUACGCAAGCAGGAAGAGGAGGAGAACAAGCGUUGCAAGGCUCUAUCAGACAGCUAUGAGCUAUCCACAGACCUCCAAGACAAGAAGGUGGAGAUGCUGGAGAGGAAGUACGGCGGCUACUUCCUGAGCAGACGAGCAGCGCGUACCAUCCAGACUGCCUUCCGGCAGUAUCGCAUGAACAAGAACUUCGAGCGCCUACGAAGCUCGGCCUCCGAGAGCCGCAUGACACGCCGCAUCAUACUGUCCAAUAUGCGCAUGCAGUAUUCAUUUGAUGAUCGGCAGCCUCAGGCGCAGCCACAGACCCACCAUAGCCCGGGCAUGGGCCCUCCACACUCUCCAGACCUGGAGCCUGGACCGCCCACCCGCCCGGGGGACUACACUCACCUGGAGGACUCAUUUUCCAAACAGGUUAAAUCACUGGCCGAUUCCAUUGAUGAUGCCCUGACGUGCCGGCCGUCCAGAGAGGACUCCCAGGAGGGCAUUGGGGACAGCAGUGGUGUAGUUGACGAUUUUGGUGAAUGCAUCUGGAGCAGCAGCAGCCACCCGUCCCUCCGCCGUGGCCUGGUUGACCGGGACAGGGGCGGAGGGGGUGGCGGCUUGAGCAUGCACGAGGAUAGCACAGCCACAUCAUACAGUGAUGUCACCCUCUACAUGGAUGAUGGUCUGCCAUCUUCACCACUCUCACUGGACAGAGCCCCGAGCAGUACAGACACAGAGUUCUGGGGAGGUGGUGGGGGGAGCAGUGGCGUCGGUGGUCGAGAGGACAGCCGUGACACGGAGGGGGGAGGUAGCAGUAAUAGCCGCAGGAGCACACCUUGCACAGAGUGUCGUGACUACCGCCUCCGUGGGGCUCACUUGCCCUUGCUCACUAUCGAACCGCCCAGCGACAGCUCUGUGGACAUGAGUGACCGCUCAGACCGCGGCUCCCUUGGCAGGCAGUUGGUGUAUGAGCAGGACUCGACCGGAGGAUCCCCACAAGGGACAUUAAAACACAACCCCAACGCCCGCUCAGUUACCUCUGCUGCAGCGCAGGGUCAGACGCGUCCAGCUAGCCGCCCGUUGCCAUCACACAUCCCCCACCACAUAGCUCACCACCACCAUCACCACCAUCACCACCAUCAUCACCAGUACCCUGACACACCAUCGUCUUCUUCUUCCCCCCAGCAGCCCCCAACCACGCCACUCUCCUCCUCAUCCUCUGCCCCACUGCCCCCUGGUGGCCUGGAUCAGCAGUGCUGCUCGGAUGGUGACAAUGACUCUCUAAACUCCACCACUAACUCUAAUGAAACCAUCAACUGCAGCUCCGGCUCUUCAUCCAGGGACAGCCUGAGGGAGCCACUGCCACCUCUGGGCAAGCAGACCUACCAGAGAGAGAGCCGACACAGCUGGGACUCGCCUGCCUUUAACAAUGACGUGAUGCAGAGGAGGCAGUACCGCAUUGGCCUCAACCUCUUUAACAAGAAACCAGAGAAAGGCAUCCAGUACUUGAUAGAGCGUGGUUUUGUGUCAGACACGCCUGUCGGUAUCGCCCGCUUCAUUCUGGAGAGGAAAGGCCUGAGCCGGCAGAUGAUCGGGGAAUUUCUGGGCAACAGACAGAAGCAAUUCAACAAGGAUGUGCUUGAUUGUGUGGUAGAUGAGAUGGACUUUUCUGGAAUGGAUCUAGAUGAUGCUCUGAGGAAGUUUCAGGCCCAGAUCAAAGUGCAAGGAGAGGCCCAAAAAGUGGAACGGCUUAUAGAAGCUUUCAGUCAGAGGUAUUGCGUAUGUAACCCUGCGUUGGUGCGCCAGUUCCAGAACCCAGACACUAUCUUCAUCCUGGCCUUUGCCAUCAUCCUCCUUAAUACAGACAUGUACAGCCCCAGCGUCAAAGCAGACAGGAAGAUGAAGUUGGAUGAUUUCAUUAAAAACCUGCGAGGAGUUGACAAUGGGCAGGAUAUCCCACGUGACCUGUUGGUUGGGAUCUACCAGCGUAUUCAGAAGUGGGAGCUGAGGACCAAUGAUGACCAUGUCUCCCAGGUCCAGGCUGUAGAAAGAGUCAUUGUGGGCAAGAAACCAGUCCUGUCUCUUCCCCAUCGUAGGCUGGUGUGCUGCUGUCAGCUCUAUGAGGUACCUGACCCCAACCGGCCCCAGAGGACCGGAGUUCACCAGAGAGAGGUUUUCCUCUUCAAUGACUUGCUGGUGGUAACAAAGAUCUUCCAAAAGAAGAAAACCUCAGUGACAUACAGUUUCCGACAGUCCUUCCCUCUGGUGGAGAUGCAGGUUCACAUGUUCCAGAACUCCUACUACCCUCAUGGUAUCAGACUAACAUCAGCGAUCCCGGGCGGUGAGCGUAAGGUGCUGAUUGUGUUCAACGCACCAAGUCUGCAGGACCGCACACGCUUCGUCAGCGACCUGAGAGAAAGCAUCGCUGAGGUGCAGGAGAUGGAGAAAUACAGAGUGGAGUCUGAGCUAGAGAAGCAGAAAGGUGUGAUGCGGCCCAGCCUUCUGAGCAGCAGUGUGGUGGGUGGAGGUGUGGGUGGGGUCAAGAGUGAAGUGGUGAAUGGCACAAUAGGAAGACCCAGUCUGGACGACAACUACUCACCUGGCGAAGGCCUUAAACGCACUGCUCUCAGCUCCUCACUGAGGGACCUGUCUGAUUCAGGGAAACGCGGUCGCAGAAACAGCGUUGGUUCCCUUGACAGUACAAUGGAAGGUUCCAUCAUUAGCAGUCCUCGGCCUCACCAGCGUUACCCAGUAGCCACUGUACUCCCGAGCUGCUAUGGAGCCGAAGAUUACCGGCCUCACCGCCCCAUCCUGAGCCCCGGAGUGGGGGUGGGGGGUGGGCCGGGGCAGCAGCAACAACACACCACACCUGUGGUGGCUGGCGCUGGGCCAGCCUCCAGCAGCAGCAGCAGCGAGAGAGGAGCCAGUGGGACGGGGAGUGGGACGAGCACGGCCGGCUCCUUCCUGGGAUCCCUGUUUGGGGGCAAACGGGCCAAAGCACCGGGUCCCAUUAUCCCCCCGGGGCCACCCUACCCCGCCCCCGUGGCCCCACCGAGCACUGGAGGGCCACCGCCCCUCUCCCCUUCCCCAUGCUCGGCGGAGGCCGGGGGACCUUCCAAGAUCCAGGCCUUGCACGCCCAGUACUGCCACACUACUACCAGCAGCAGUGUGGCUGGGCAGCAGCCUCCGCCCCCCUACUACCAUCCGCACCAACGCUACCACGUACAGAGCGCACCGGCAUCUGGACACCAGCACCAGCACCCCACGCUGCAGCGUGUCACCCUGCCGCGCCGGCCUCUCCCCAACCCCUCCGGGCACAACCCCUACCCGCCGCCUCUUUCCCAGCAUGCUUUGCCGCAGGGUCGCUACGGGACUUUGGGACACAUGGGCUCGCCGUGCGUCCCACCGCCUCCCCCCCUUUCUCCUCACUCCCAACUCUCCCAACACCCACAGUUUGCCCUCUUCCACACGCCGCCUCUGCCCUCACACUCGGCCAGAGGGGGCGCCGUCAGCAAGCCUCCGCUGACAUUGUCACACUCGCAGCCGCACCCGCACGCACACUCCCACGUGGGGCAUACGCCCCACCCCGCCCAUUUCAUCUUCGCCAGCCCGCCCCCGGCGCCGUCCCAGCCGCCCCCACCCCCGCCGCCAGUCUCCGGGCCGCCGCCGCCCGCCACUGCCCACCACGGGCCGCCGGCCGGCCCGUAUCUGCCCCAGUAUCCUCCACUGCUCUCCUCCAUCCCCCCUCCCCCCCCCCACUCCCCUUUACCCCCCCCUUCCUCCCCCCUUACCCCUCUUACGCCUCUCUCCCCUCUCCCCCCCCAGCACCCCGUCCCGCCACCGCCACUGCCUGCCGGGUCACAGGCCCCGGGGCCCCAGGCAUCAGCGGGACAGAGUGGAGGAGCCGCACCUGGGGCGAGCGGUACAGUCGACCGGGCCAAAUCCAAGCCUACCAACCGGAUCAGCACGGUAGUGUGAGCAGGGUGAGGGCUGGGAAGGCACGGGGAUGGGGCUCGCUACGCGGCCCCCUGGUGGUGGGAGGAGGGACAGCGGAGAGGUUGGAAGAAGUGGGAGGCCGGGCCAGGGCAGAAAGCAAGAAGAAACGCAACCU